CUAUUAAAUAGUCCAAAAAAGAGUUCUAUUGAAGAUCAAGACCACAAUCCGGUUUUGCUGUCAUUCGUUAUGAAUUGUAGAUCAGAUCAGCAGAGAAAUCCUUACAAUUCAAGUCAUUAACGGUGAAACAUUACCCAUAAAAAUCAAUUAUAACGCGGGCCAUUUUCAUUACGAUGAGCGUAACGCCAUGGAUAAGAUUGAAAAGUCCGGAACAGGCCGGCCUAGAUUCUGUGAGUAGGCUAACACUGUCUGGGUACUUGUCUGUUAGAGCGUCUAGCCGGGCUAAUGAUGUGUUGGAUUACCCCCCGAAAUCUUCACGCUCCGCUGACGAACGACAGAAAAUGGAAGUGAAACGGCGAGAAACGGAACAGAUUAGGAGAACAUUCAGAGAAAACGCAUCUUCAGAUUUAACAUUCAGACGCUCAAAAACACUACCCCCGCUGUCCUCCAAAAAAGAUGUCACUGGCAAAAUAGGAGCAAAUUCAGACGGAUUGAGCCCCUCACACCUGAAGUCAAGGGCCGGAAGUCCCGAGUACCCGUGUGUCAUACAGCGGGUGAACCGCUCCCCCAUCAAGAUAGACGCCCUCCUCCGGAGCUCCGAGCCUAUCCCUCACUUUAUUGACCGGCGGUCAAAGGAACCCUCCAAUAAAACGUACAGGGCCAAGAGCAUACAGGGAUGGAAAAACGAAAUCAAAAAGGUCGUUCCACAGAGACCCGCGUUCGCGCUCUCCUCGGACUGGGUGGCGCCCCCUGCCGACUGGGAUGACAGGGACCAUUACAUCUACUCCCCCAGGGGUAUGUUCUACACAAACACAAAGUACGUGCUCCACAAGGACUUCACAGUCAACCCGGAGUGGAUCUCCGAAAAAAUGACCGUGUCUGAAUUCUCCCCAGUCUAUCGCACAUGCGCACUGCGAUAUGGCUGGUGCUCGUGAUUAUGGCCGACGGGACAGAAACAGUAUUUUUGUCUGAUUUUAUUAUCAAGUUUUAUAAUGUGCAUGGACAUAUUCAAAAAUGGCAUGGAACGAUUUAAGUGCUUUCACAUUGUAUUUAUUUAUGCCUUACUAAAGGUUCUCAAAUGAGUCAACUUCUAAAGUUCGGGAUUUCUAGAAUGGAUACCAUUAUAUGUACAUGAUUACAAUAAUGUUAGCUUUGAACAAAAAUUAAAUAAAAAAGAAACUGUUGCAA